GUCCCAAAAACCUCAAAAGAUUCACUAGUGCUAGUUGAUUCUUUCACAUCCAAAAUCAUGUUUUUCUCUUCCUUCUUAUCACCUUAUUCCCUUACUUCUUUAUUAAUCUUGAUUCUAUGUAUUGUUGGUGUUGAUUUUGUGUCCACAACACAGAUCAAGAUUGGCCAAGGUUACAAGUUGAUCUCCAUAGAAAAAUCACAAGAUGGAGGCCUUAUAGGUCACCUCCAAGUAAAGGAGAAGAACAAUAUUUAUGGGCUAGAUAUUCCAAAUUUGAAGCUCUAUGUUAAGCAUGAGACAGAUAAUCGACUGAGGGUUCAUAUAACUGACGCAAAAGAGCAAAGAUGGGAAGUUCCUUACAACUUAUUACAAAGAGAAACACCCCCAUCAUUGAAACAAAACAUCGGUGGUAAAUCAAGAAAGAAUAUUUUUUCAUCACUAGCAGUAGAGUCAGAAUAUUCGGGAAAUGAGUUAAUAUUCAAUUACAAAAAUGACCCUUUUAGUUUUUCUGUGAAAAGAAAAUCAAAUGGAGAGAUCCUUUUCAAUUCAAGCUUUGAUGAUUCAAACUCAUAUAACAAUUUGGUUUUUAAAGAUCAAUAUCUUGAAAUAUCAACAAAAUUGCCCAAAAAUGCUUCUUUAUAUGGUCUAGGUGAAAAUACACAACCCCAUGGUAUUAAAAUUUACCCAAAUGACCCUUACACUUUGUAUACAACUGAUCAACCAGCUAUUAAUUUGAAUAUGGAUUUGUAUGGAUCACACCCUAUGUAUAUGGAUUUGAGGAACAAUGUGAAUGGAGAGGCAAAGGCUCAUGUUGUUUUGUUACUAAAUAGCAAUGGGAUGGAUGUGUUUUACAAUGGAGAUUCUUUAACAUACAAAGUGAUUGGGGGUGUUUUGGACUUUUACUUCUUUUCUGGGCCCACACCACUUGAUGUUGUUGAUCAAUAUACUUCAUUCAUAGGAAGGCCUGCUCCAAUGCCUUAUUGGUCUUUUGGAUUUCAUCAAUGUAGAUGGGGUUACCACAAUUUAUCAGUAAUUGAAGAUGUUGUUGAGAACUACAACAAAGCCAAAAUCCCUCUUGAUGUUAUCUGGAACGAUGAUGAUCAUAUGGAUGGUAAAAAAGAUUUCACUCUCAAUCCAGUUAACUAUCCUCGUCCGAAUUUGCUAGCAUUCUUGGACAAGAUUCAUGGUCGUGGCAUGAAGUACAUUGUCAUCGUUGAUCCUGGAAUAGGCGUUAACAACACUUAUGGUGUUUACCAAAGAGGUAUAGCUAAUGAUGUUUUCAUCAAAUAUGAAGGCAAGCCUUAUUUAGCUCAAGUUUGGCCGGGUGCUGUCAAUUUCCCCGAUUUUCUGAAUCCGAAGACUGUUGAGUGGUGGGGUGAUGAAAUCAGGAGGUUUCGCGAACUUGUGCCUAUUGAUGGACUAUGGAUUGACAUGAAUGAAGUUUCAAACUUUUGUUCGGGUUUGUGUACAAUCCCUCAAGGAAGGAUAUGUCCUACUGGCACCGGUCCUGGUUGGAUAUGUUGCCUGGAUUGCAAAAACAUAACGAAUACUAGAUGGGAUGAUCCGCCUUAUAAGAUUAAUGCUAGUGGAAUACAGGCACCAAUUGGCUAUAAAACCAUAGCGACUAGCGCUGUUCAUUAUAAUGGAGUUAAGGAAUAUGAUGCUCAUAGCCUCUACGGGUUUUCUCAGUCCAUUGCAACUCAUAAGGCACUUCAAGGACUCGAGGGGAAGCGUCCUUUUAUACUGUCUCGUUCAACAUUUGUUGGUUCGGGGCAUUAUGCUGCACAUUGGACAGGGGAUAACAAAGGAACUUGGGAUGAUUUGAGGUAUUCAAUAUCUACAGUGUUGAAUUUUGGAUUGUUUGGUGUUCCUAUGGUUGGUGCUGAUAUAUGUGGAUUCUAUCCAGCACCAACGGAGGAGCUUUGCAAUCGUUGGAUUGAAGUUGGCGCGUUCUAUCCAUUCUCAAGGGAUCACGCCAACUAUUAUUCGCCUAGGCAAGAGCUUUACCAAUGGGAGAGUGUGGCUGAAUCUGCGCGAAAUGCUUUAGGUAUGAGGUACAAGUUAUUACCAUAUUUCUAUACCUUGAACUACGAGGCACAUACUACUGGUGCGCCAAUUGCUCGUCCCCUCUUCUUCUCUUUUCCAACUCUAACAGAACUUCACGACGUGAGCACUCAAUUCUUGGUAGGAACCAGUGUCAUGGUCUCACCAGUGUUAGAUCAGGGGAAAACAGAGGUGAAAGUUCUGUUUCCCCCUGGUACGUGGUACAAUUUAUUCGAUAUGACACAAGCAAUAGUCACAAAAGACCUACAUUACCUCACAUUAGACGCGCCUCUAAGUGUGGUCAAUGUACAUGUCUACGAAAACACCAUCAUACCAAUGCAGCGCGGUGGGAUGAUAUCAAAAGAAGCAAGAACGACACCUUUUACCCUCGUAGUCACCUUACCAUCGGGGACAAAUGACAUAGAAGCUAAAGGAAAUCUUUUCCUCGACGAUGAUGAGCUUCCUGAGAUGAAACUUGGAAAUGGGCAAUCAACGUAUAUCGAUUUCCAUGCAACAGCAAGUAACGGAACAAUGAAGUUGUGGUCAGAAGUUCAAGAAAGCAAGUUUGCAUUGGAUAAAGGAUGGUUCAUUGAGAAGGUUAUAGUUUUAGGCACCAAUGGUACUGAUGGAGCUUUUGAAAUAAACGUCGAUGGACAACCGAUCGAAGAUGGUUCAAGAGUGAAGUAUAGCACAACAGAACACAAGUACAUAGACAGUAUGGAUGAUGAAGUUGAUAAGAGAAAGAGUAUGAUGAUGGAAAUUCAUGGACUGCAAUUGCCUUUAGGUAAGAAUUUUGUUAUGUCCUGGAAAAUGUGAACAAAAACUAGUUUCUACUAUGUGUGAGUAUUAGUACUUAGUAGGUUUUCAAGGUUAUUAAUGAAAAACGAGCAUACAGAUAAGCUAUGCGGCUCAGACUCUUUAAGAAUUCUACCUUGUUUAUCAUAUGAGAGGAUCGAUUAAGGUAUUUUAAUAUAUUACUUUUA